AGAGCAAUAGAGUGCUAGUGGCGCGGUGUAAACAGCGUGUCAGAAAAGAAAGUGCAGGGACAUUUUAACCUGACUACAGCCACAAAGCUAACUGUUGGGUAGAACAAUCACGAGAGAGCAGGAAGGAGAGACAGAGAGAGAGAGAGAGAGAGAGGGAAGCAAGAGGGAAAAAAAGGCUUAAUUAAUUCAUGCUGAAGGGGAGGGAUGUUACGGCGACUCAGUGAAGGGGCUUUGCCACCGCGGCUGGGCUGUCUCUAGCACCCAGCCUGUUCGUAGGAGACUGCAAGUCGGAGACGCACAACACACACACAAACACACACACACACUCUCUCUCCCCAUGCCCUGCCUGGAGGAAGCCUGUGCUCUCACAUCGACACGAGGAGCAGACAUCAUCACUGAGGUUAACGGAGAGAUUAUCGGGCGCCGCUGUGAGCUCCCUGGUGGAUCCGACACAUCUCCCUGCAUGCCUCUGGCAGUCGCACUAAGCCAACUCUGCCUCCAACCUCCGCCUGCACCUCAGCCUCUUCUUCGUCAUCCUCGUCCUCGUCCUCAUUGAGCCUGACCUUCACACUCGUACCCCCACACCCACCCAGGCCAGCAGGCGGUGCGUCGCCUGUCCUCCCGCGCUGCCUCUGGUCUCCUCUUUGCACGCCUGCGUCGCUUCAGAUGACCCGUCUCAUCGUCCGGCUCGGCAGGCAGGGAGCCGAGAUGUGGCCAGCCCUGCUCAGCAGCUUCUCAGCGCACCUCAACGAGGGAUAACCGUCACUGGCAACACACACAAACACACAAAUACACACACACACACACACCCUAACACUAUACAUACAUACACGUUUACACACACUCACAUACAUACACUAUACCCAUACUGUGACACAUACCCCCAUACUCACUCAUAAACACACACACACAUACACAUAACACAUACACACCUCACAGAUGUAUGCUCACAUAUCCAACGUAUAGAUACAAACACGUAUACGCAGGAACGGACACACACACACACACGUGCACAUAUGCAGUGUGAAAUGGGGGACUGCAGCUGGGUGUGUCUAAGUCCGGCAGAGUUCGCUCAACUGCAGCAGUACAGUGAGUACUCCACCAAGAAGCUGAAGGAUGUCCUGGAGGAGUUCCACGGCAACGGCGUCCUCUCCAAGUACAACCCGGAGCAGAAGCAAGACGUUCUCAACCAACCCAUCGACUAUGAGGGCUUCCAGCUCUUCAUGGCCACCUAUCUGGAGAAUGACAUUCCUGAGGACCUGUGCCAGCACCUCUUCACCUCCUUCAAGAGCAAGACAGGUGGGGGAUGCUCUCCAGAGGCUCCCCGCGCCGGAGCCAGCAUGCUGGAGCCCAUGUCGAUCGAUGCAGGCAUCUCUAUACAGACCGAAGUGGCCUGUGCUCCAAUUACAGGCAUGAAUGGAAAGAGCAUCCUGUCCGCGAUGGGCAGGCACACCCCCGAGCACUCUAGCGUCCCAACACCGAGCUCCGGGGCCACCACGUCGCCCUGCUCAUCCCGCUCCUCCUCUCAGCGCUCAGGGACCGGGGGCCACACGCCCAAGGGCCACAGCCGCUCACCCUGCGGCCAGUCCAAACCCGUGGGGGCCAGCAGCAACGCUCUGGCCCCCGCAAAGACCACCGGCUCCCCUCGGCUCUCACCUGAGCGGACGCGGAGUGACAAGUGUGUGUCCCAGAAGAGAAGCCCCUCGCCUCAGAAGGGCUCUCCUCUGCCCUCCCCUCAGGUGGUCUUCCUCAAGGACAUUGUGUGUUACCUGUCGCUUUUGGAGAGGGGCACACCAGAGGACAAGCUAGAGUUCAUGUUCCGGCUCUACGACACGGACGGCAAUGGUGUACUGGACAGCUCGGAAGUGGACCGCAUCAUCAAUCAAAUGGUCCAUGUGGCAGAGUAUCUGGAGUGGGACUCCACAGAGCUACGACCAAUUCUGAAGGAGAUGAUGGAGGAGAUUGAUUUUGACAAAGAUGGGACCAUUACCCUGGAGGAGUGGAUCAGAGGAGGAAUGUCCACUAUACCCCUUCUGGUGUUACUGGGCAUGGAGACGAAUGACCAGGAGGAUGGGCAGCAUGUUUGGAGACUGAAGCACUUCAACAAGCCAGCCUACUGUAACUACUGCCACACCAUGCUCCUGGGGGUCCGCAAACAAGGCCUCUGUUGCUCCUUAUGCAAGUACACAGUCCAUGAGCGCUGUGUGUCCAAAGACAUCGCUGCCUGCAUCAGCACCUAUGCCAAGUCCCGCAGACACACCAACGCUAUGCAGCAUGUGUGGAUGGAGGGAAACUCACCCACCAAGUGUGACCGUUGCCACAGGAGUAUUAAGUGCUACCAGGGCCUGACCGGCCUGCACUGUGUCUGGUGUCAGAUCACUCUCCAUAAUAAGUGUGCCUCCAACGUGAAGCCAGAAUGUGACGGCGGAUCCUUGAGAGAUCACACACUCCUGCCCUCCUACAUCUGUCCAGUCGUACUGGACCGACACUCUGUAGUGAAGCGAGGUGAGAGUGAGUCUCCACCGAGCACUAGUCCUGAUGACUCCAACCAGUGCUUCAAAUUCACAGGAGAUGGACAAGCACUUCAGAUCACGCCGCUGCCAGGGACGCAUCCCUUGCUGGUGCUAGUGAACCCAAAGAGUGGUGGGCGGCAGGGGGAGAGGGUGCUACGGAAGUUCCGGUAUCUGCUGAACCCCCGACAGGUCUACAGUCUGGAGCUCGGAGGGCCCAUGGUGGGGCUCAACUUCUUCCGUGACGUCCCUGAUUUCCGUGUGCUGGCCUGUGGUGGGGACGGGACAGUGGGCUGGAUCCUGGACUGUAUCGAUAAAGCUAACUUUGCCAGAGAUCCACCUGUGGCCAUCCUCCCGCUGGGAACGGGAAAUGACCUGGCCAGGUGUCUACGCUGGGGAGGAGGCUAUGAGGGUGGCAGCCUGCUGAAGGUCCUCAAAGACAUUGAACACAGCACAGAUAUGGUGCUCGAUCGGUGGAACAUUGACAUCAUCCCUGAUGACAAAGAGGAGAAGGGCGACCCUGUCCCCCAAAACAUCGUGAACAAUUACUUCUCUAUUGGAGUGGAUGCUUCUAUAGCACACCGCUUCCAUCUGAUGAGAGAGAAGCACCCAGAAAAAUUCAACAGCAGUGACAUCUCUCCAGAUGGCACAGGAGCAGUGGUUGCCAUGGAGCUUUGGCAGACGGAGCGUCUGUGGACCAUCAAACUGUCACAGGCGCUCACCGAGAAUGAGGCUUACCCUCAGCAACAUAUCUCUCUGAGGGUGCUCAACAUUCCCAGCAUGCACGGCGGCUCCAACCUGUGGGGUGAGACCAAGAAGAGGCGGAACUACAACCGCAUGAGCAAGAAGGUGCCCGAGAGGAUGCCGGCGAUCACCGUCACCGACGUCAAGGAACUCAAGUUCUGCAUCCAGGAUGUGAGUGACCAGCUCUUGGAGGUAGUGGGCCUAGAAGGAGCCAUAGAAAUGGGCCAGAUCUACACAGGGCUGAAGAGUGCAGGCCGACGGCUCGCUCAGUGUGCCAGUGUCACUAUCAGAACGUCACGGCUGCUCCCCAUGCAGAUCGACGGCGAGCCCUGGAUGCAGCCCCCAUGCACGAUACGAAUUACCCAUAAAAACCAGGUGCCCAUGUUGUUGGGUCCACCCCAGAAGACACCUUUUUUCUUCUUCAAGAGGCGUAACAAGAGUCGGGAUUAAAAAGAACUGUUGGAGGAGUCGGUCACCCACACAAACUCACAUAUUCAAACACACAUACAUACAGAUAAAACAUAAUGCCUAUCAAUUCAGUCGCCUGAACUUUGGAGGUUGAAGGACUUGGACAGACAUAACGAAUAUCUUCAUGGAGAGAGACUACAUUUGAAAAGACUUGGAGUUUUUCUAGAGUAGACUAUGGGAGACCAGUUCAGUCUGUUUGACCACUUCCUGUGUAUCUAAACUCUUGGAUGUCCUGCCACUGGCCUUGUAACCCCCCUGCCAAAAUCCCACCACCACCCACCUCUCCACACCUUCCCAGCCCUGCCACAGCCUCAUGCCCCCUCCCUUCACCAAGAGUUUGCCAUGAAAAUACUCGAGCUAAGAGAGGUUCCUCACAAACUACUGCCAAUACUAAGACACUGAAGACACAGCAAGGGAAGGAAGGGGACAUAAGGACAAAGCAAGAGAGAAAGCGCAAUUGGGCAGGGACUAGAGGGGGGAAAACAGAGUUCAAAUGAGAACAAAAAGAAGAAGAAGGACAAAAAGUGUGGAGCAGUGAAGAAGAAGGGGAAGCAAAAAACAAACUCACAAAUAAAAGGAACGAUAAUGUGCAGGACUGGGAGUCGAUGCGCCUCUUGCGGACGUCAUAGCGGGUCCCAGUUUGGCCCUAAACAGGGAUGGAGAACAAGCUUCCUCUCCUGGAGGAGCCAAAUAAAUAAUGAAUCGGCGAACGCAAAAGCACUCACUCCAGUGCCUCUGCCCGAGCCCCCUGCUACAUACUAUCGCUAAAUAGGUGGAGGAGCUCAUUCAUUAUUGAGGGGUUUGUUUAUGACAGGGAGGGGUGCAGCGUCGCCGUUUCCUCAAGCAUCAUCAGAGCCAGGCGUGCGUUCGGUUGUUUAUCUGCCAUUCCACCCCCAGGCAAAGCGCUGUGGCUGACCCAGGGGUUUCCAACGCAAAAGCGUUUCUGUAACCGGAUCUUAUCUGUCAUCUUCUCCCGGUCCAUUGGAGCUAGAGGACCAUCCCAGUCAGGUCGCUGCAGGAAUCAGUGCAUGGGCCCCUUCAUCAUAGAUCAGUGUUGACUCAGGGCUGCAUUUGCAUUCACUUUCACACAACACAAGCCAUCAGAAACGUUCGGUUUCUGGCUUCACCCAUCUGUUAUCAGUUGCCACCAAUUUCUUACUGACUCAUCGUGCAAAGAAAAGUGUGUUAAAAUCGGCAUCUGUUGUUCUCUGCUGUUCUGUAGACAGAAAUCUUACUGUGAUGCAUUUUUAUAGGCUCGAAAUGAACAUAGAAAACAAGCACUGCCUGGAUACCACUGUUUCCCCUCGAAACAUAUCUUUCCCCACAGAGAUAGCGUGGGGAUGGAUCAUUACUCUGAGCCCAGUCUACCAGAACACAGAACCAGAAGGCAGUCUCGCCCCCCUGGGGAUGGUGUUGCUUAAUUUACUGUCGCAUGGACAGCCUAAAUUUAACCGCCUAUUUCAGGGAGCAUCAAUCGCGUGAAACACUACUCCUAAUAACAGCACUGAGAAAACAUCAGCUCGCAAUGUCAAGCCCACAGUCAAGAGUCGCGGAAGCCCCGCUAUGGUGGAAAAGAGGGGGGGUAUGCGCGACCCUGGGUUGAAUAUUACUGUUGUCACGGUGACCUUUUUAUCGGUGAAAUGGGAUAGGAACUGCCGAACGACUCCCAAAGGGGCAGAGUGAUGGAAAAAAUGGUGUUUACAGAUUCUACUGUAUCCAUUUGAUGUAGCCUUUGAAAAUAUCAUUGUCAACUGCAAGACGUGCUAUGUGUGUAGACACAGUCUCUUUUUGUAUUAUGAAAAAUAAGACAUAAGUGUGCAUAUAUAUAUAUACAGUGCAUAUAUAUAUGUGAAUGUGUUUCAUCCUAUAACUUGUAGAGCAUUGUACAGUAAUAUAGCCUCAAAGAAUACAGUGUUACUUAAUCAACUACCUGCCUGACUGUCAAAGUCAGGCUAAUGUCUAUGCUGAUUGGUCCCCUUUAGUCCUCAUAUGCAUUGGGCAAGGUGCUUUGUAUGGAGGUGGCCGCAUUAUCACGCUUAAGAAUUGCUAUGUUGUUGGGUUUUUGCACUUAGAAAUGGAAAUAGGCCUGCAUCGAGCAUUUCUAAACAUUAUAAUUUUCCUGACCAUCUUUUUUUUUUGCCAGUGGGAAACCACACUUGGCUCUUUUGAGAGGAGGCGAUUGGUUGGAACAGCACCUGAUGUGCCAGACCCCCCUCCCCUCUGCCUGUUCCCUUUAACUACCCUGAACCGAGGAUGCUGUGUCAGGGGCCGCAGGAAUCACGUAAAGCCAGUCCAUAAUAACCACUGUGGCCGUGGCGGUACCCCCCACUAAAACGAUCCCUUUAAAGUCGCCACCUCAAGUAAUCAGUAGCUCUGUCGGGAGCUGGCAAGAGUGACGCUCUGUACGUUAGUAACAUAAGCAAAUGGACCCACGGCAAUGUCACAUGCCAAUUUGUGGUUCAUCACAUUCCUAGUCACCUAGUCCUGUGGUAUCAAAGCAAAAGGGAGGUGGGUUCAGUGAACGAGUGCAUGUUUACAGCUACUUUUUCAGUUACCAGUUUUGAAUGAUUUAUAAUAGUUCUGUAUAUAUAGAUAUUUGUUUAUAUUUUACCUGAGGUUAUAUCACCACCGCAUGCCUGCUGAAACAAAGGAGACCAAGAUGUCUGCUUGAGAAGAGACCACGCUGAUUGUCGUUAUACCCUGCACCUCCCACCCUACCCUACCAUACCACCCUUAUCCAAGCCCCUUCACUUCCCCAGUCCCCAGUUUUAUUUUUCCUAUCAGCUUAUGCACAUCAAUCACAUCUUUUGUAUUCGGUGUAAUUGUUUUUUUUCAUUGCUCAUGCAAUAGCAUGUUAUAUAUUGUAAAGACAGAGCUUGUGUUAAGUAGCCUCUUUUUGGAGAAGAGUCAAUAAGCAGCCAUCUGCUCAAUAACUGAAUAACUGUCUAGGAUAUCUUUCCAACUGUCUUGUGUCCACCAGGCUUGAUUUGCCACCAACAUUGUCCAGUUACAUGUCGUCUCUGUCAAUGUCAAUGAUGGAUAGCCUUAAUUUACAAAUAUAAAAAACAGCAAUUUUUUUUUUGCCUCGAGACACUAGGUCACUUGCAAUAUAGAAAUAGGCCCGAGAAAAAUGAGUGGUCAGAAGUUAUUCCUCUGUGUUGCAAGGGUGCUGCCAUUGGUACUCACAUAUUACUAUGUAAGGCUAGAGAGCUGGGAGACCCAUUAGCCACGAAAUAGCUGUUUUGUUCUCCUCUAAUCAUAAAGUCGUUGUGUGUAUGUGUGUGUGUGCGUGCGCAUAUCUGUGCUGCACCACAACCCUUUCUGCUGACUGUGGACAUCUCUGUGUUUUCCUUCUACUUGUUAAUAACAACGAUGCAAAUGGAUAUCAGUGUGUAAGCCAUGCUGCUUUUCUGAGAGCCCGUCAAAUACAGCAGCUACACACAUUUAAAACAAUAGCAUCAACUCCCAAACAAUCAGGUUAGCCCGAUCAUAUCAUCAUCUCGGCACACUUCCCAUGUAAUUGUUUUGUAGAACAAAGUUGGUCCGAAAUCGCUACAAAAAUCAGAUUGGUGUUAUGCACCAACCUGUUAUGCAGCCAUAAGCCCCAGCUCUCACAAGAGUGAACUAUUACAUUCCCCAUCUCUGAUCACCGAUUUGACCUUGGCCUGGAGUCCCUUACAGAAGCAGCAUGGUAAACUAGCAUAGCAACAGCACCAACUCUAUCUCUUAGUCUCGGGCAGAUAAACAGUAUUGAGUGUCGUGCACUGUCGCACAAAUGCAUUUAGGGCCCAUGUCAUCCUCCUCAGUCCUGAAUGUGAUGUUCUAACUGCUACAUGUAUGCAUAUGCCUCUGUCCUCCUCCCACCACUAGGGUUUGUGUGGUGUGUCCAUCUGUGUAAGCAGCAAAGGGUCAAGGACAAAGCAACAGCUCUCUGGUCUGCCCGUGGGGAGCGGUGGGGGCG